AUGGUUAGUUUUGAUGUGCAAUCACUCUUUACAUGCUUACCGGUUGAAGAUUGCAUUAGUAUUGUGUCAAGAAAGCUGAAGGAAAAUGACAUGCCGAUAGAAUAUGCUGACCUUCUCAAGCAUUGCCUUACAUCUGGCUACAUGUUGUGGAAUAAUCAGUUCUACAAGCAAGUAGAUGGCGUAGCGAUGGGCUCACCAGUAUCCCCCGUUGUUGCCGACAUAUUUAUGGAGGACUUCGAGGAGACUGCUCUGCGUACCUCGCCCAUAACACCCAGGUUCUACAAACGAAAGCAUACCCAUACGGAUAGGUACUUAAACGGUGAAUCACACCAUCAUCCAACACAGUUAGCUACCGUGGGUAAAUCUUUGUUUCAGAGAGCACAAGGGAUCUGCGAUGAGCGACACCUGGAGACCGAACUUCAACAUGUCAAGCAAGUACUGCGAGACAACAAGCUUCGGGUACCGCGUCCUCAUCACUGUGAACGUGUGAAACCAGCCACCGUCGAACGAGUACCUGCUGUGCUACCUUUUAUGAAAGGGGUCACUGACAAGAUUGGCUUCAUCUUAAAGCGAGCUUCUAUAAAAACUUUUUUCAAGCCGCCAAAAACGAUAAGUCAAUUUUUACCAUCUGUCAAGUGUCAUAUACCCUUACAAGAUGCAGGAGUAUACAAG